UCUGUGGAAAAGCAACUGACACUUUGAUACUGUAAAAUCUUUUUUUAAGCUUCAGCUGCCUCAUAUAGGAAAUAUGAUCAACAUCAAUUCUCAUAUCCCUCUCUUCUUUCUGUCCAAUGGCAUGCUGCAACAUCAAAUAGCAACAUCACCUGGGAUCCAAUCAAGUGUUUAGCUUCUUCUGAGCCACGCCCGUCACUCCUCCCACCCCAUCCUGCACUGUCAUGGUGCUCGCUCUGGAUGCAGUUGUCAUGGAGAUGGAAAAGGGCUCAGCGUCCAUUAGUGGCACUGUUACCAUGGAAAUCUCUAUCUCAGCCGCUGCCUCUGUGGAGCAAACAGAACCAGACGAGUCUGUUCAGCACCGCGGACAGCAUCACCCUGGAGCUGCGUUCCAGCAUAGAAACUAUCGCAUAUUGAUCGUGAUUGGAGAGAUUUCCUGCAGCCAUCAUCUCGAAGCUGCCAGGAGACAGAUCACACAGGGUUUACGCUCCUGGAGCGUUGAGCUGGCUGUUUUUGACCUGGAUAAAGAGCUGCAGCUGUUUGAAGCCAGGCACACUGCACAGUUUUCCUCGCAGGUCAAAGGCCAGAGAAUUCUCCAGUAUCAGAGUGAUGUCCUCCAGACAGUUGUGUUGGUGAACCCAUCAGAGGAAACUGCUGUUUCAGAGACUCGCUCACUGAUCACCGACUCUGCUGCAAAUAAGUUGCUGAUCCUGAGCGGCCAGAGCUCUGAGCAAGGUGGUGACAUCCAACUGCAAAGUGGAGCUUUCACCUGGCAACAUUUCUCCGACAUCAUCUCCAACCCUGAAGUGAUUGAAGUCCUGUCCAGGGCCUCUUCUGAGCAACCGUCGAAGCUUACCGUUUCCUGUCAGGGAGAAGGGGGCUGGAGCUCCCUGGGCCAAAGCCAGGAGCAGCAGUCACUCCUAAAUCUUCUGGAAUACCGCCUGAACCCCGAACCCCACCUCCCCAACAUGGACGGAGUCACAGAGUUUACAGAGUAUGUUGCAGAGACAGUGGAUGUGCCAUCACCCUUUGACCUUCUGGAGCCCCCAACCUCCGGUGGGUUUCUGAAGCUGUCCAAACCCUGCUGCUACAUCUUCCCUGGAGGCAGGGGAGACUCUGCUCUGUUUGCUGUCAAUGGAUUCAACAUCCUGGUGGACGGUGGGUCUGAGCGGAAGUCCUGCUUCUGGAAGCUGGUUCGGCACCUGGACAGGAUCGACUCUGUCCUGCUUACCCAUAUUGGCGCAGAUAACCUCCCUGGCAUCAAUGGGCUGUUCCAGCGAAAGAUUGCUGAGCAGGAGGAAGAGAGGAACCAAGACUCUGGCUCCAGCAGCAGCGGUGACUGGAUGAAGAACAUUAUUUCCCCCGAGCUCGGGAUUGUGUUUUUCAAUGUCCCGGAGAAGCUGCGGAUGCCCGAGUCCACCCUUAAGGUAAAGCGAAGCAUUGAGGAAGCAUCUCUGACACUGCAGUACCUCAACAAGCUUGGCAUCACACCAGAGCCUCUUCAUAGGGUAGUAAGCAACACGAUUGAACCUAUCACACUGUUCCACAAGCUAGGUGUGGGAAAGUUAGACAUGUAUGUUCUAAACCCCGUAAAAGAAAGCAAAGAGAUGCAGUUUCUAAUGCAGAAAUGGGCCGGAAACAGCAAGGCCAAGACAGGGAUCAUGAUGCCGAACGGAAAAGAAGGAGAAAUAUCGGUCCCCUAUUUAACGUCAGUCACAGCUCUCAUCGUGUGGAUUCCUCAUCGUCCAACAGAAAAGAUAGUCCGUGUGCUUUUCCCAGGAAAUGCACCACAGAAUAAAAUAUUUGAAGGCCUAGAGAAACUAAAGCACCUGGACUUUCUGCGAUACCCAGUGGCUACCCAAAAAGACAUAUCAUCUGGCGCACCACCUCCCAUCAUAAAACAGACCAAAAUAAGAUCAAGAACUGAUAGCAAAGAGAGUCUGAAAUCUUCGCCCAAACCACAUUCGAAAACAACUAAGAAAGAAGCCAGUGGACCGGAGGAAGAGUCAAAGAGCGAUACCGGCAAAGAAAAUAAGGCUGAAAAGAAAGAAGAGAAGAAACCCAAAAGUGAAAGUCUAAAAGCCACCAAGCAACAGAAAAACAGUGAAGUAGCCCCUGGAGUUAACAAGAUGGAAAAAAAGAAAAUAUCAAAGGAAAAAGCUGCCAAGCAAGAGAAAGCAUCAAAGAUGGAUGAGAAAAAAGACAAAGAGAAAAAAGAAAUGAAGAAAGAGAAACGCGAGGUAAAGAAAGACGAGAACAUACGAAAGGAGGAGAAGAAAGAAAGCAAAGCCAAGGAGGACAAAAAGAAAGAUCCAAGUAAACCUGAACUGAGAAAAAUCACAAAACCAGACCUGAAACCAUUAACCCCUGAGGUGAGGAAAACUUUGCACAAGGCCAAGACUCAGGCUAAACCUAAAAGGGACAAAAAUAAAGCAGUGAAGGAGGAAGUGAAUGAGAAAAAACCAGUUUUAAAGAAUGUGCCUGAAGAGGUUGAGGCAGCAGCUCUGGCUGACAGAUCCAUUGUGUCCUCACCCGAAGACCUCACUGAGGACUUUGAGGCAUUGAAACAAGAGGAGCUGUCCAAACACAAGACAGAACCGAUCCAGAACGAUGUCAUGCCUGAGCUAACAGUGCACUCUGACGCUAAAGUUUCUUCCUUAGUUUUCCCUGAGGAAAAAGUCACAGCCUCAACCACUGAGACAAAGUCUGCUUUGCCCAAAUCUCCAGUCAAACAGGAAGAACAGGUGAUGGCGGCUACUCAAAAGAAGAACUACGGCGAUGAUGGUUCCAAUAAAAAGUACGAAGAGGAGAAAAUGGAAAAAUAUGAUAAAUACUCCAUAAAGGAUGAUGUAAAAGAUAGAUCAAAGAAGAGCGAGAGCUCAGAGGAAGAGGGCGAUGUAAUCGAGAAAGCUGACCUUGAAGGGACAGAAGACGAUGAGGUCCUGAAGUAUAAAACUGAGGAGGUGAAAAAGGAAAAAGCAAAGGAGUGGGACACCAAGCCAUCGCAAAAACCGUUACCAACUGCACAGGCAAUAGCAGCCUCUGCCUCAGAGCAGUUCUCUUUUAUCCAAGAUGAAACCAUACCCGGAUACUCUGAGACUGAACAGACCAUCUCUGAUGAGGAGAUCCAUGAGGAUACCGAGGACAGGAUUCUACAGCUGCACUAUGAUGUGGGCUCUUAUGACAUCUCUGUUCCCGACGUUCCCGGCACCUUUGAUUCGAUGCACGGUAUAAAGGAGAUGAAGAGUUCCGCUAUAUCUGACGUUGCCGAUGUCAAACCCAAAGCCUUUAUGGGAGGUCCCGAACCUGAGCUUGCACCUUACCCCACCAUCAUUGCUGCUCCUCUUGCUGAAGAGGAGCACAUCUCCUCAGCCACAUCCAUCACAGAAUAUGACAAACUGUCAUCCUUUGCCACAUCUGUAGCUGAAGACCAGUCCGUUGCCUCCGUGACAGCGCCCCAGACCGAGGAGGCUGGGCGGAACUCUCUCCUGCUGGAUACCAUCAACAGCAUCCCCUCACGUGCAGAGGCUGCCCAAGGGAAGGACUAUCUCCACUCAGCAGGAACCAUCUCACCCACCUCCUCUCUAGAGGAUGACAAGUGUUUUAAGUCUCCUUCCUCUGAUGAGUAUCAGCCCCACAUCCCUGAGAUCGAGGGUGAAGUGAAUGUCCCAUCAGUCCAGGAUGAAGAAGAUGAUGACGAGGAUGAGGAUGAGGACCAGACCCCAAACGUUGACAUCCCUCUGGGUAAACUUCAAGAGGGCUACGAACAUGCAGCCUCCAUGAUGCUCCAGGAGAAGGAGAAAUCGCCCUCGUCCACUUUUUCUCCUCCUCCCUUCUCCACUACACAGUACUCACCCUCACAGUCUGUCAAAGAAAACCUCUUCAUUGCAGAGGGAUUUAAGACUGGUGUUGAAAUAAAGUCUGUAUCACCCCCUCCUUCAUCAUUCUCCCCAGGGCUAGAGUCCCACUCCAGGCAGGAGAGUGAGGAAAGAUGCCUAAGUCCGGACGAUAGCACCAUGAAACUUGCAUCACCCACACAGUCUGUGCCUACCAGCAGCGGCUACUCUCCAACGGAGGAGAAGCCCUUUAGGACAGAAGACAGAGACGAGGCAGUGACCAGCACGAAAGCUGACAUCCAGAAAACAGAGAAAUCAGUCACCAUCUCAGACAAUACCUCCUUCAUUGGUGUGUCAGGUGACAAGACCAUGUUUGAAGCAUCUGAAGAAUCUGAGGAGGAGGAGGAUGACGAUUAUUAUGCCAAAAAGGAUCUACAGCCUACCGUCAAGGCAAAGCUUAUGGAGGCCAAAGAGGGUUGCUUCUUGGAUGAUGACUUUAGUUUUGAUGCAAAAUCUGCAGGAACUCAAAAGGAAGUUGUGAGCUCAGGCAAAACAAAUGUGGCCUUUGCCACAGAGGAGAAACCCAAACCUCACGUGACGUAUUCGAACAAAGAUGAAAAAGAUGACGACUUUCCAGUUAGGGUAGGGUCUCAGCCUGUUUUGAGUGAUCGCGCCGAAGCUGACAUUACAAAAGACAGCGCAGAAAAAGCAGAUAUCACUAUUAAAGAGCCUGAAAAAAGUGUUCAGUUCAACCUGUACGAGUUUCCCGAGAAGGAGGGUAAAGUAAAGGCCUCAUAUGUAAGACAGGACACUCCCUAUGUGCACGGAAAAACGUUCUCUUAUAGUGACAUUUACGACAGCAAGACAAGCUCAAUUGACUCUGACUCAUUUCGUCAGGAGUCCUUAGAGGUCCUUAAGGUGGAGAAAGACGUAGCAAAGGACAGCGCAGAUCUGCUAAAACAUGAGCCUCCCUUCACAGUCAGGGAUAAGAUGUCAGAAAACGAGGGAUUUGCUGUUUCUUAUGGAAAGGAGUCCUUAUCGUGGCUAGACUCCAAGAGCACUCCAGCUACAGCUCAAUUCGAAAAAGAGGUGAAAGAAAAGGAGUCAUCUAAACACAGUGAAAGUAGUCGAUUCCCUUCAAUGGCUGACAGACCUGAGGCAUGGACCACUUCUUUGUCAUCAGAAAAGGACGUCAGAGUCCCGACUGACAGCACAGAGGCCUCAGCGUCGGGUGUAGACAAGCUAGCUGCCUCGGCCUACAACGAGAAAGGUGCGUGCUUGGAGAUUGAUAUGCGAAAGCUAACGGCGAGAGACGAGGAGGACUAUGAUGAUGAUAUUGUUGAUGACGACGAAGAAGUGGAAGAUGACGAAGAGGAGGAGGAAGAGGAUGAAGGUGCUGUUGAUUCUGAUAUUGAGAAAGGUGCCAAAGAGAAAUCUGAAAAGGAAGUGAAAAGUCCGGUCAGUGAAACGCUUGGCCAAGACAAGCCUGAGUUCAUGGUUUCCAUGGCUGGAUAUGGUAACAGCGGUCAGGGGAAGCCGGUUAUUACAGGAAGCAGUUCGAGCUCCCUCACAACUGUCGAAGAUAAAACCAAGGCCGACUCGUCAUCGCUAACCGGAAAACCACUGGAUUUAGGGGCUGCAGGUUUCUCUAGCUACUCAUCAGGAUUUGAAUACAGCAGCGGAAGUGACGAGAAGGAGACGUUUGUGCCCAGUCAAAGCUCAGACAAAGCAAGAGAGAACUUCACCUUGAAAUCAACAGACGGCAACUAUUACCAGAACGACAGAGCUGAUUCUGAUUUUGAGAAACAAAAGACACCAGAUCUUCUGAGUAAGAGAUCAUUGGACACAAGCUUCCAGUACACCACAACCACCGCUGCCCCUGGGUUCUCCUCCUCUUCGGCCUACAGCUACUCCUCCUCCACCUCGGGGUCUCUGUCCACCAGCCGUCAGUUCGGAGAGGAGCUGGAGACACCUGCCUCAGCCGAGCCUCUCUUUGAGUACUCCUCCUUCAAAGAUGAACACUCGCCCGUUACGGAUUCUCCAUUCUCCAGCUCCGCUGUCGCAAAAGAUGACUAUUUAGAAGUGACUGAGAAACAAAUUACGGCUACGAGCGCAGCUGAGACUACCUCCGGUUUGGCCCGCUUCUCACCUCUCAGUCCUUUUGAAGAGGUUAAAUCAUUCCCCACCCUCUCGUCCAGUACCUUUACUGAUGACAAGAAGGAGCACAUGACUUCAUUAGGUGGACUAACAGAUAAAGUCUCUCAACCUGAGUGUUUUUCUAAGCCUGAGUGGUCUGAAGGGUCCCAGCUGGACACAGCUGUUGGAUUUGGGGCCACACUAGCGUCACCAUUCUCUCAACUUUCAGAGUUCUCCAAGGACAAGGAGGCAGCUAGUGCUGCUCUGUUUGGCGUCACGUCCUCGCCUCGGCCAGACAUAGAAGGCAAACAUUACUUUGAGGAGACCGAAAGCAGCGAAGAAGAGGACGAGGAAGCGUAUAUGCGUGAGAUGACUCUGAGGUCUCCUUCUAGUGGCCUGGCUAGUAGCCUUUUAUUUUCUGACAAGCCUGUUGCUCCACCCAUUGCUGAAAAGCCAGGAGAUGCGCUUCCAGAUGUUCUUGGCUCCUACACUCCCUCAACGCUUCAGACCAGCAAGCCUGACACAGUGAACGGGCCCACGGAGGUCAGCACGAGUUCCAUGCUCCCACCUGCAGCAGCAGUAACUGGUGCAGCUUUAGGCUCAGCCAAGCUGGUGUCACACGAGGGAGCAGCAGGUUAUGUAAGGAGCUCCUAUGAGUGGGAAAUGCCAAAAUCCCAGAUGGGAAUGGUGCCAGGAGACUCUCCCCCUCAUUACCGUCACGAUGAUGAGUUUGAAGAAGAGUGCGAAAUGGAGCCAGAGCAUCCUGCCCGCCCGCUCUCACUCUCCUCAACUGAUCAGCCGUUCCGUUCACCGUUCUACGGGGAGGAGUGCAGCCGGGGAGGGCAGGAUGACGAGGACGACGAUGACGACAGCGAUCGGGAUGCACCCAUAGGAGCUACCUCCUCCUAUACGAGCCGCUCCUCUCCCGGAUAUUCGUCUUCUGAGUACAGGCAACGCAAAGAAGACCUCUCACCUUCCUUCAUCAACCCUUGCAUGCGGCAACUCUCCAGUGACGAGGACGAUGAGGAGCAAGGCCGCAGAAGUGAUCAGUCGCAGGAGGGUGACGAGCACGACCUCUCAGUCAAGAGAAGGGCUCACAAACACGCCCAUCAACACCAAUCCCACAGCAGGGACAGCAGUUCUCUGCACCAAACUGGUGGGAUGUCAGCAGGAUUAGGCUUGGCCACGGAGGACACUCCACCCACCUCGGUCAGCGAGUCUCUGGCCUCCCAGUCAGAUUCGGAUGCACCCCCGGGCAGUGAAGAAUACCCUUCAGCUACUGUUGAAGGCAACAUGGACUCAGAUGAGGAUGCUGACUACAUGCCAGUUGAUAAAGCUGCCCUAGGAGGAGGCAGCCACCACUUUAACUCCAGGAAGAGCCACGAUCCUUCUCCUGCUCCCCUCAUGGAUCCUUCCCCACACCCCCCACGGCCAGACGUUUGCAUGGUAGAUCCCGACUCUUUAGACAACGGCUCCCUGAAGAAAGAGCCAAAAACUAAGAGCUUAAAGAAGACUGCAGGCAAAACCAAAUCAGGAUCACCAGCUAGGCGCAAGCGGUCUCCUAUGCCUGUCAAACAGACGCAGUCUCCUCGUAGUGCUUCGCUGAAAAAGAAGGAGGCCGACAAGAGUUCACGGAUGUCUCGUCUUUCAGAUGGACAGGGCUCCAAAGAUGACGACCUGUCCAGGUCAAGCUACAACCCUGGCAAAGGGCUGACUAAUGGUGUCAAAAGCAGUUCAGGUUCUCAGAAGUCAGGCUCUGUGGCUGCUCCCGGCCAACCCAUUUAUGUGGAUCUGACUUACAUUCCCAACCACUGCAGUGCCAAGAAUGUGGACCAAGAGUUUUUCAAACGCAUUCGUUCUGCAUACUAUGUGGUGAGUGGCAACGAUGCAGCGAGCGGCGAACCGAGCCGAGGAGUCCUUGAUGCACUGUUGGACGGCAAAGCUCAGUGGGGAUCAAACCUACAGGUGACGCUCAUCCCCACCCACGACACUGAGGUGACCCGUGAAUGGUACCAGCAGACGCACGAGAGGCAGCAGGAGCUCAACAUCAUGGUUCUGGCCUCCAGCAGCACCGUUGUCAUGCAGGAUGAGUCUUUCCCAGCUUGCAAGAUCGAGUUUUAAGAUCCAGCGUUUGUCUCCUCUCUCCUCUCCUACUGGCCUCCCCAGUGUACAUCGGUUUUUAUUUACUCUUCUCUAUAGCCCGAUAUGCAAACAUGUAUCUGCCCCAGUUAUUUGUAUUUGAGUCCAUUUGUGUGAAACAGAUCUGGGUAACUGUCUCUGUUUUCUAGAUUUUUAUUUAUUUCUAGGGUUGUUGUGGCUAUCACCAUUUGUAUAACAUUUUUUUAAUUGUUCACUGCAAUCUUAAUACUUUGUCGUGUGAAGGGAAGAGUUUUAUUUUCUGUCCCUUAACCAGAUUUUUUCCUUAUUUUAUAUAACGCAGUGAUUUUUGCCCCUUUGUAUUGUCAAAACAAUACUUAGAAUAGGUUCUAAUUGAAGCACAAUUAAAGCCAACAACAAGCAAGUCAAACAAAUCACGUUUGUGGUAUCGGAGUAAGAUCUACGAUAUUUUCAGCUGCUCCGUUAUUCACGGGCGGGUCGCCACAGACGCUUGCUCCACAUUUGUUCAUUUGGCAUUUUCAUUUGCGUUUGAUUCCCUUCCUUACUGUUAGGCAGUGUGUAAAUCACCACACAACAGAGUUUGUGAUGAAUUUCCUCUGUGUUUCCAUUUCCGUCUCUUCGGGGCUCCCGCUGACGUAGAGAAACAGAAACCCAGAGGUCCACUCGGGCUUUUCAGUAUAUUUGCUGUAGCUAUAGGGACGCUCAUACUCAAAGAUAAUCUGUCUCGUAGUGACUUGUGCUCUUUCUAAAGUCCUUUCAAAGUGAAAACCACUUGUUCCAGUUUCUCAGUGACUGUUUUUCCUACAGUGAAUUUGAGAAAUCAGUUGUCUGCGUUUGUUUCUGUAGUCUUUGGUGUAUUUCCAGUCAACAUAUCAUCACAGAGGUCACAUAGAGAGCUGUAGGUGGAGGUCAUGAUGUAGUUUAAAAAGAAUCAUCUGAUCUUUGGUAUUUACAUAUUUAUAUCUUUACAUACAGAAAAUAGCACUCAUUAGAGUAGAGUAACCUCAUACCUGUUGCUGUGUCGAUACAAAGGUUGUGUUAAAGAAUGUAUUCCAUUACAACGAUAGGAACAUGUGGUUGUAAGGAGAGAUUGCGCGUUCGCCUGGUUGACGGUCGCCCACAUGUGCCUUUCUGUCCUGCUGUGCUGGAAGGGAAGAGAAAGUGAUGGUAGAAAUGUUAGGCACGCCUGUGUGCGAUACAUCGCUGGCUCCUCUGAUGUUUUCUUGUCAGCGCACAAAAGGUCAGAGUUGUACAUAGUGAGGGUAAAACGGCACCUUUCAAAGCACCCAAUCAGUAUUUCAGCUGCCACUCAAAGAAACACAAAGGAGUGUGCUAGACUUCAACUGGACUUGUUUUAUUAAUUCGCCAUCAUAAAUUGUGCAAUUUCUUUAUUUUUUGUUGAAUUUAGCCACAAUCAACUUGUUGCAUUUGAUUUUGUAUUUAAUUUUUUCCGGCCAUAGCUUGGUGGUCAUUUUUGGAUAGCACUUCAUUACCUUAAUAUUAGACGUGGAUGUGAUUUGGUCGAGUAUUAUCGAUGAUGAUUUCUAUAUUUUGAUACUUUUUGGGGCAAUUUAAUAGAUUUUAACCAGGAACUAAACCAACAAUCAAACAGAUGUAAGGACCAACAGGCCUCACCAGGGUUGCUACUUUAUGAUCCGCAACAAAAACGCAGAUUUUCCCCUCUAUGUCUCCUCGGCUCAGCUAGCGACGCGUGUUCGACAGACGCUGGCGUCAUUGGCUCAUAUUUACUUUGAAUGUGAAGAUGCAGAUUACCUUUACGUUCUCCGUGGAGGACUUCGAUAUCCGGGUUGCCUUGGUUUUUGCUGCGCAUCGUACCGUACACCCGAGUCACACUCGCCAGAUCGGCCUCACCGUAGCCUGAAAUACAUCACAUCAGCUGUGUGCAGGCUAAAGUCAGCGGUUUCUUUCUUUGAAUGACAGGACACAGUCUGACUGCCAUUCUGUCAACAAACAACUUACAGAAGCGACAAAGAUAUGGAGUCGAGGGUUAUAUAUAAUUUUAUGUAUAAUUACAUUUAGCCUACAGCUGGCUAGGGUAAACUUUCCUGUUAACUCUCUGCGCUGCCGGGUCAUUCAGUGACGCUGACAUUCCUGCGGUAAAGGAAUAUUAUAAUCACGCACUACUCACAUAUAAGCAAACCACUCAGACUGCCAGACACGAGGGACUCAGUUCGCUCACGUCACUACAUUUUUAUCUAUAGUGGACUUCCUGUUACUCACAUUUCUCUCAGUCAAAGCUUAACACACACACAGCUAACUGCUCUAUUUUCAUGUGCAAAAAAACAAAAGUUAAAAAAGUCAGUAUCUGUGGCAUUCAUACUUAUCUGCAGUGGAACGACUCAUAAAUCAUAAAGACUGUUGGUUUCCAGUGAGCCCUGCUUGUGCGUGCAUGUGUACCUUCCUUCUGAGUUCUCCUGUAUCGUAAUAGCUGAAAACAAACCUGACUUAACAUAGAGAUGCUAUUUUAAAUUAUGCUAGUUAAGAAGCUAAGCUGCCUGGUACUGAGGAGGCACUGUGCUGUAAGGAAAGCCUCGUGAUUGUUUCCUCCCUCCUUUUCUGCUUCAUGGUUUUACUUCCAUCUCUUGUUUUAAGUGCAAUAUUCUCUUUAUCUCUCUUUAAACGCGUAAACAGGUCAAAUAGAAAAGUGAUUUAUUGUUGAAAGGGAAAAGUGUGGUGAAGAUCAAUAAAAAUAUCAUUUACCGAA